AAUCGAAAAAAAGGUGUAGCCCACUAAAUUUAUUACGAAAAAUUAAACCACGAAACAAGAAAAGACAGAAAUUGCAAACUAUGAUUACAUUUAUUUUACAGAUGAUUAUAAGAGGAGCAGCUUUAGUCUCUUCAAGUUCCGCUUCGCUCAUUUUCAUGUCUCAGCAAUUUUUGGUUAGCUCUGAAACUCUGCGCGCGCGCCUGCUGCUUUCUUACAUAACAAUUUACAGUUUUACUUCCCGAUUUCGCGAUUUGUCUGCAAUGCCACAAAGAUUUCUGUGGAAUCGAUUACAAAUUUCCGAAAACCCUUACAGAUUAGUAUUUUAUGAUGAAUUACUGCAUCAGUUUACUUUCUCGAACCUUAGAAGUGUCGAUGUGAUGGUAGACCCUGUACAUCGGAGGAAUCGAGGCUACAUGUUGUGGACCAAUCAGAAUGCUUGGAUUGUGGCACGUCUACGCUAGAAGGAGGGCCAUUUUUCGUCUGCAGCAGAGAAACGGCUAUCCACAAGUUUCCCAGACUUACGACUUGCAAAUGCAUGUGCCUCAGUGUUCUAAGCUGUUUAAUCCUUGGCCAGCUCAGUCUUCCCCACUCCAUCGCGGCUGCCGGUAGACUGUUGACACGCUGCUGCACAUUUUCCAAGGAUUAAGGCACUUGAGAAGACUUGCUGGUGACACUUAGUCAUCACCAGCAGCCAUUGCUUGUUAAAGCUAAA